UACUUGACUGCCUGUCUGCCUCUAGACUUGCCCAAAUCGUUGCUGAAACAAAAAUAUUGAGUAGAAAAUACAUUGACAGAUUUUUGGACCUCAAACAGAUUUUUGGUACUCGCACCAGCCGAGUAGACCCGAAUGUGAUCCUUGGCCCUUCUUGGCCAGUUCAUAAGUGUCAGUUUGACUCAGACCAUCAGGCACCAGGGGAGUAAGAUGUAUGUAGUUUGUUUGAGCAUUUCUUUUCAGGUUUAAACUUUUUUGUGUUGCUCUAGCCCUCAAUAAUGGGUCCAAAGAUUGACAGUGAUAAGAGGAAGACAGAGAGGAAAACAGUACAGAUCAUUACUUAACUGAAGAAGGAAAUUAUAGUAAAAUAUGAAAGUAGUGUAUGAGUGUCUGACCUUGCAUUGCAGUACAAACUGGCAAAGUCAACCAUUUCCACUAUCUUGAAGCAUGAGAAAGUGUUGAGGAAAGCUGAUGUUGCAAUGGGAGUGACAGCAAUUAUUAAGCAAAGGCCUCAGAUAAUGGAAAAUUGGAUAAGUUACUUAUCUUCAUCAAGGAAAAAAAUGUUGGCAGGAGACAGCAUUAGUGAAGCUCUCAUCUGAAAAAAGGCUUUUCAAAUUUAUGGAGAUCUAUUGAGAACUUUUGGAGGUGAAAGUGCUAGUUCAUUUACUUUCAAGGCAAGAAAGGGAUGGUUUGACAAAUUUAGACAUAGAACAGGAAUUCACCUCCACCAAAGAGAGAGCGAAGGGAAAAAACACCUGAAGGUGCGUCACCUACCAUCAUCAUGAAUGGGGAUUCCCCUUCCAAGCAGUAACCCCCUCCAAUCCUCUCCACAACAAUUCCUGUAUGCCAUCAACCACUCUCCAAAAUGUUGUUUCAGGCAUCAACAGGCUCCUAAUGUUGUGAUGGCUAGCUACCCCCAAGAGGACAGUGUUAAAAUGUGCAAACUCUCUGACCUGAGAGUCUGCACACUCUUGUGUGAUAAGUCAGGCCACUGCACUGGAGUAUCUGCAAGUUCAGCAUUGGUGACUGAUGCUUCAUCUCCAGUCUUUGAAAUUCCGGCUGUUUACGUCAAGGAGGAGCCUAGCGAUGAGAUGGAAGUCAUAUCUGUGAAGGAAGAACCCUUCUUGUAUGGUUAUGAGCUUCCAUUAAGUGAAUCUACCAGUCAUGAUAGCAGUGGCCAGACAGCACCCUUUCCAUUACCUAGUGUGCCUUGCAAGACGGAACCUCAACUUCCAACUCAGGACGCCCAUCAAUGCUCAGAGCAAUACAAUGAUUCCUCAUUAACAAAGCUAACUCUUGAUGCUGACAAAUUAAUAAAAAAUAGAUCUGAGUGUGUUGGAACUGGACUAGAAUCAAUAAUGCAUGAAAAUUCGCUCAUUGAUGGACUCUCUACCAAAGAUAGCUGGCAUUCAGUAAAAGCUUCUCCCCCAAAAUCAUCCAGAAUAUCUACACGGAAAAGAAAAGCUGCAUCAAUAAUGCAUCAAAAUUUGCUCAUUGAUGCACCAUCUACCGAAGGCAAAAGGCAUUCAGUAAAAGCUUCUCCCCCAAAAUCAUCCAGAAUAUCUACACGGAAACGAAAAGCUGCAUUUAAUUCCAAUACUUCUAAUGUUGGUCCAUUACCUGUUAAAAAGAAAUGCUGCAGACGAAUCAACGAAAGAACCAAACACCAACCAGAGAAACCCAUCUCAUUGCCUCACAAAACUGUUGAAUCAAAUAUGAAGCUAGAAGCUCCAUCAACUUCAAGUCACGUAUCGGCUUGGAAUGCAUUCAUUAGCGAUGAUAUGGUUACCGCUAUUGUCGAUGCAACAAAUAUAAAGAUCAAACCUAAGAUAAUUGAAACUGUAAACAAGAAGGAACUUUAUUACAUAAGAUAUACUGACUCAGAAGAAAUCAAAGCCUUCAUUGGGCUCUGCUACAUGAGGGGAGCACUUGGUAUAACUCAUCUAAACGCCCAAUUAUUAUUCAGCGAAGUUGUUGGCCCGCCAAUAUUUGUUACUACCAUGUCUGCUAACCGAUUUGGAUUUCUUCUAGAUAAUAUCUGCUUUGACGACAUUAACACCAGGGCCGAUCGACUGCCCUUUGACAAAUUUGCUGCGAUGAGAGAUGUCUUCGAAAUGUUCAACAGGAAUUGCGGAUCUGCGCUUGAUCUCUGCGAUUAUCUUUCUUUAAAUGAAACCGUCUACCCAUGCCGUACGGUUCUCGGGCAAGAAACUCCAAGCAAGCCUGCUCAACCUUGCCUCCAUUUUCAGUCUAUAAACUCGGCGAAAUUUCCAUAUACUUAUCAAACUUUUGUGCCUUGUGGUAAACCUGAAAAAACUCCGGCGCCCUAUCACACCCAGGGUUCUGUGGCGAUUGCAAAAAGAUUAAUUGAUGACUUGGGAAAAUAUUCUAAUUUAGAAAGUGUAAAUAUUAUUAUUUACGGGCUGAACCCUAAUGUGGAACUUUGUGAAUGGCUUCUAAAUAAGAAAAUCAAUGUUCUUAAAACCACGUUGCCCAACCACAAAAAUAAUAAAACGACAUUUCUUCAGAAGAGGGAAGGGUUUUCCUACAACUUGAUCACUUUGAAAACCAACAAGAAACCCUCAUUCCACUCGCAGGUUGCUAGCGUAAAAGCAUGGAACGAUCAAGGUGAGCAGCUUCCAUCUACGCCUUGCCGCCUGGAAUCAGCUACAGCCGAUGAUCAGGAUAGGAAAAAAGAUGUAGAAAUUGUAGGUACAAGAAUUAGAUCCUACUCAACAAACACUAAACCCAAACGAUGGACCUUAUCAGUGCUUUCAUACAUGCUCGACACAGCUCGAGCUAAUGCCCAGGUUUUGUGGGAACGGAAUGAACACAAAAGCCCUAAUAGCACCAACUCAUUCAAAUUUUUAUUCCAAUUGGCAACUGAUCUCGUCCAUGAUCAUAUCAGCAAACAAAACAAAAAUUACCUCACCUCAAUAACACAAAAAAUUGCAGCAUACUUGAGUGUUCACAGCGAAAGCCAUACUUCAGAACUGUCAGAGACAGAAGCAUUAACAGCAGCAUCGCUCAGCAGAGGAGUAGAGCCUGGAAACUCCAUCGCUGCUACCGACGCAACCUUCUCCGACUCUCCCGCUACGAACGUGACUACACCGGUUACAAGGAAGCGAUGUUUCAAAUGCGUCGAGGAGAAAUGUCGCAUCAUGGUAGCUGAGGAAAGAAAGAAGAAGCAAGCAGCGAUGAGCCGAGUUACGACUGCGUGCAAGAUGUGCCACAAAGCUGUUUGUAAGCAACACUUCGAACCUAUUUGUGUAGACUGUUCGCUAACUAAUAAAUAAUAGCGUUGUAUGCACGUGUCUUCGAAAUAUUGCUUUUUCACUUUUAGCUCGCAUUCUUUUUCAUAUUAUAAGUACGGUAUUCAUUUUUAAUUUGAGCCAUCGGGAAACUUUUCCAUAUUAUAUGUAGGGUACUCAUUUGGAAUUUGUGCUAUCGGAAAAACGAGGGAAAAUGAAAGUUUUAGAAAUAAUAAUGUGAUUAAACUUACCUUAUGAAAAAAAUCGGUUAUAAAUGUUGGUAGGAAGAAACUCCAACCAGUAUAAAUUCAAGAUUACAAAAGGGUAUAUACAGAUACUGCGUGUUUACCCGAGGCGAUUAGUGUUGGGGAAUUGGCAUUGUCAUUGUAUUAUAAAUUUCUUUUACUAUUAAGUUCAAAGUUGUGGUUAUACGCAGACGCAGGAAAUAACAGUUUAUAAUAAAAAUGAAGAUGUAUUUACUUCCCCUGAAAGUGAAAUUUGGUCUUACCCGUUUAUGCAAUAUGCAUGCAUAGUGCAGCUUGCACUCUAGUAUCAUAUCAUAUCACAGUUAUGGCGACGCUGAAGAACAGGCCAGUUGUUAACAGAAGAUCUAAAAACAUAUCCUUUGACCUGAUAUUUUCCAAACUGACAAUAGUUUGAAAUAGCUACUAAACUUCCACCGGGUUCGAUAUGGUGCUAUGCGUUUCACGUAUGAAGAUAUAUUUCUCCAAACCUUUAUCUAGUCUGUUCCUGAACGCGUUCAUACUCGGAGCGCCAACGAUGUA